UGCCUAAGUGUGCGUGUGCAUGCCUGUGUGUCUCUGGUGCGUGCUGUGUGCAUGUGUCUGUAUGUGUGUGUGCAUGAAAAUCUGUGGGCUAUGUGUGACUGUGUGUGUAACUGUGUGUCCUCAUCUGUGUGUUCACAUCUGUGUCUGAGUGCAUAUUUGCGCCUGUGUGUCCAUGUGUUUGUAUGAGUGCCUGUGAAUGUGUCUGUGUCUGCACGUGUGUGUCUGUCUGUGUGAGCAUGUUACACGCAACUCUGUGUGCAUGUGUGUGAGUGGUUAUGCAGCAGGCAGGAAUGAGCUCAGACAGCAGCAGGCAUUUCCCAGGUAGGGAGGCUGAGUGUUUGGUGCAUACGUAGGAGGUGCUCAGCGAACAUUUGCUGAUCUGAACGAACCUCCAGUUCCCUGCAACAAGUUAUUUCCCUGGAGGCAAGGCAUCUUGGGUGGACUGAGGAGAAAAGAAAGAAGGCAGGAGCCAUUGGGCUGAUGAAGGUGGGAGAGGAAGGAAGGGGUGAGGAGGAGUACAUGGACAGGGAGGGUACCUGACACCCUAGGGUCUAUGGGCCUCUCCCGGUCCUCUUCACAUCCUCUGGGCUGCAGAGAGAGGUGCCGAGUAUGCAGACUCGGGAGUUCGGACCACACUGGUGUUCAGCCCUCUCUCCCUGUGCUCCCACAGCUGCCACUGGGCCCGAGAGAUGGGUGCUCUGCUGGGCGCCCCCUCCGCUGGCAGGGGCCCCGCACUCUGCUGCUGCACAAAAGUCUCCAGGAUGGCUUCGGCUUCACCCUGCGCCACUUCAUCGUGUACCCGCCCGAGUCGGCCGUGCACUGCAGCCUGAAGGAGGAAGACAAUGGAGGCCGAGGAGGAGGACCCUCCCCCCGGCACCGCCUGGAGCCCAUGGAUACCAUCUUUGUCAAGAAUGUGAAGGAUGAUGGCCCCGCCCACAGGGCAGGGCUUCGCACAGGAGACCGGCUGGUGAAGGUGAAUGGGGAGAGCAUCAUUGGCAAGACCUACUCCCAGGUCAUAGCUCUGAUCCAGAAUAGCGAUGAUACCCUGGAACUGUCCAUUAUGCCCAAAGAUGAGGACAUCCUCCAGCUGGCCUACUCCCAGGACGCCUACCUGAAGGGGAACGAGCCGUAUUCUGGAGAGGCCCGCAGCAUCCCAGAGCCACCGCCCCUCUGCUACCCCCGCAAGACCUAUGCCCCGCCGGCCCGGGUCUCCACCUGGGCCACUGUGGUGCCUGAGCCCCUCUCAGCACUGCCCAGUGAUCCCCGGAGUCCCGCUGCCUGGAGCGACCCAGGGCCCCGAGUCCCGUCUGCUGCUUGUGCUGUUCCAGACAACCCCUCUUUGGGGAUGAGCCAGCCCCGCCCCAGCCCUGGUGCCUUCCCCCGCCUCCCCUCCGAGCCCCGGACGAUCCGUGCCUUCCCAGAGCCCGGCAGCCGGGUGCCCCCCAGCAGACUGGAGUGCCAGCAGGCCUUGUCACACUGGCUGUCAAACCAGGUGCCCCGCAGGGCGGGGGAGAGACGGUGCCCAGCCAUGCCGCCCCGGGCCCGCAGUGCUUCCCAGGACCGGCUGGAGGACGUGACUGCCCACCACCCAUGGCCCUGCUCCACCUCCCAGGAUGCCUUGAGCCAGCUGGGCCAGGAGGGCUGGCACCGAGCCCGUUCAGACGACUACCUGAGCCGGGCCGCUCACUCGGCUGAGGCACUGGGGCCAGGGACCCUGGUGUCACCCCGCUUGGAGCGCUGUGGCUGGGCUUCUCAGCAUCCGUCUGCCCGCCCCACUGCCUGCCCUGCUCGGGACCUGUCGGGACCCCAGGCCCCACCCCCACCUGGCCUGCAGGGCCUGGACGACAUCGGGUACAUUGGGUACCGGAGCUACAGCCCAUCGUUCCAGCGCCGGACUGGCCUCUUGCAUGCACUUUCCUUUCGAGACUCACCGUUUGGGGGGCUGCCCACCUUCAACUUGGCCCAGUCCCCUGCAUCGUUCCCGCCAGAGGCCUCUGAACCACCCAGGGCUGUCCGUCCAGAGUCCAGCACCCGGACCCUGGAGCCUCCCACCGAGGAGCGCCGUGACGAAGUGGUCCUGAGGCAGAAGCCUCCGACGGGCCGAAAGGUCCAGCUGCCCCCUGCAAGACAGAUGAACCUCGGUUUUGGUGACGAGUCCACAGAACCAGAGGCCAGUGAGCAAGGAGAGCGUCCAGGCAGGAAGGUGGCCCCUUUGACCACUGCUGAAGACUCUCUGGCUUCCAUCCCCUUCAUUGAUGAACCCACCAGCCCCAGCAUCGACCUCCAGGCCAAGCACGUUCCUGCCUCUGCAGUGGUCUCCAGUGCCAUGAACUCGGCCCCUGUCCUGAGCACCAGCCCAUCCUCCCCGACCUUCACCUUUGCCCUUGGCCGUCACUACUCCCGGGACUGCAGUAGCAUCAAAGCCGGCCGCCGCUCCUCCUACCUGCUGGCCAUCACCACGGAGCGCUCCAAGUCCUGUGACGACGGGCUCAACACCUUCCGGGAUGAGGGCAGGGCUCUGCGGCGCCUGCCAAACCGAGUACCCAGCCUGCGGAUGCUCCGAAGCUUCUUCACUGAUGGGUCCUUGGAUAGCUGGGGCACCUCCGAAGAUGCUGACGCCCCUUCUAAGCGACACUCAACCUCUGACCUCUCAGAUUCAACCUUCAGCGAUGUCAGGAGGGAAGGCUGGUUGUAUUAUAAGCAGAUCCUCACCAAGAAGGGGAAGAAAGCGGGCAGUGGCCUGCGCCAGUGGAAGCGGGUGUACGCCGCGCUGCGGGCGCGCUCGCUCUCGCUGAGCAAGGAGCGGCGGGAGCCCGGGCCGGCGGCGGGGGCUGCGGUGGCCGUCGCAGGUGAGGACGAGGCGGCGCCCGUCUGCAUCGGCUCCUGCCUGGUGGACAUCUCCUACAGCGAGACCAAGAGGAGGCACGUGUUCCGGCUGACCACCGCUGACUUCUGUGAAUAUCUCUUUCAGGCUGAGGACCGGGAUGACAUGCUGGGCUGGAUCAGAGCGAUCCGGGAGAACAGCAGGGCCGAGGGCGAGGACCCCGGCUGUGCCAACCAAGCUCUGAUCAGCAAAAAGCUUAACGAUUACCGAAAAGUGAGCCAUAGCUCUGGACCCAAAGCUGAUUCCUCUCCCAAAGGCUCUCGUGGCCUGGGGGGGCUCAAGUCUGAGUUCCUCAAGUCUGAGUUCCUCAAGUCUGAGUUCCUCAAGUCCGAAUUCCUCAAGCAGAGUGCAGCUCGCAGCCUCAGGACUCAAGACCUGCACACAGGCAGCAAGGAUGACAGUGCUACCACCCCCAAAGCCCCCUGGGGUAUCAACAUCAUCAAAAAGAACAAGAAGGUAGCCCCAAGAGCAUUUGGGGUGCGGCUGGAGGAGUGUCAGCCAGCCACAGAGAACCAGCGUGUCCCCCUGAUCGUGGCUACGUGCUGUCGCAUCGUGGAAGCACGGGGGCUGGAGUCCACGGGCAUUUACCGAGUGCCUGGCAACAAUGCCGUGGUGUCCAGUUUGCAGGAGCAGCUCAAUCGCGGGCCCAGUGACAUCAACCUGCAGGACGAGCGCUGGCAAGACCUAAAUGUGAUCAGCAGUCUGCUCAAGUCCUUUUUCCGAAAGUUGCCCGAGCCUCUGUUCACAGAUGACAAAUACAAUGACUUCAUCGAGGCCAAUCGCAUUGAAGACUCCAGGGAGCGGAUGAAGACACUGCGGAAGCUGAUCCGGGAUCUCCCAGGACACUACUAUGAAACACUCAAAUUCCUCGUGGGCCAUCUCAAGACCAUAGCUGACCACUCAGAGAAAAACAAGAUGGAACCCCGGAACCUGGCCCUGGUCUUUGGGCCGACGCUGGUGAGGACGUCUGAGGACAACAUGACAGACAUGGUGACCCACAUGCCUGAUCGCUACAAGAUCAUCGAGACACUGAUUCAGCAUUCAGACUGGUUCUUCAGCGAUGAAGAGGACAAGGGAGAGAGAACCCCUGUGGAUGACAAGGAGCCUCAGUCAGUGCCCAACAUCGAGUACCUCCUGCCCAACAUUGGCAGGACGGUGCCCCCUGCUGACCCAGGUUCCGAUUCCACCACCUGUAGUUCAGCCAAGUCCAAGACCUGUCUCCCCGCACAGGGCUCGUGGGCCCCCAAGAAAGAGCCGUACGCCCGGGAGAUGCUGGCGAUCUCCUUCAUCUCGGCCGUCAACCGCAAGCGGAAGAAGCGGCGUGAGGCGCGGGGACUGGGCAGCAGCACCGACGACGACUCGGAGCAAGAGGCGCACAAGCCCGGGGCGGGGGCGCCGUUGCCGGGGACCCAGGACCUGCCGGAGGGGCAGCUGCCGGGUGCCGCUGCCCCGGAGGUCCCCGGGCGCCUCAGCCCCUCAGCGGCGCCAGAGGAGCGGCCGGCCGCGGACACGCGCUCCAUCGUCUCGGGCUACUCAACCCUGUCCACCAUGGACCGCAGCGUGUGCUCCGGCGCCGGGGGCAGGAGGGCGGGCGCUGGGGACGAGGCGGACGACGAGCGCAGCGAGCUGAGCCACGUGGAGACGGACACCGAGGCGGGCGCGGCCAGCGCGGGACCCGCGGGGCGCCUGGCGCGCCGGCCCUCCUUCAGCUCGCACCACCUGAUCCCCUGCGAUACCCUGGCGCGGCGCCGCCUGUCCCGGAGCCGCCCGGACGGCGAGGGCGCGGGCCGGACAGGACCCCGCGUCGCCGAGCUGCUCGGCUCGGCGUCCUCCAGCAGCCAGGAGUCGCUGCGCCCUCCGGCGUCCGCCGCGGCGCUGGUGUCUCGGCCCUCGCGCAUCGAGGCGCUGCGGCUGCGUCUUCGCGGCACCGCGGACGACAUGCUGGCGGUGCGGCUUCGGCGGCCGCUGUCGCCAGAGACGCGGCGGCGCCGCAGCAGCUGGCGCCGCCACACAGUCGUGGUGCAGAGUCCGUUGACCGACCUCAACUUCAACGAGUGGAAGGAGCUGGGCGGCGGGGGCCCCCCAGAGCCCGCGGGCCCUCGGGCGCACAGUGACAACAAGGACUCGGGCCUCAGCAGCCUGGAGUCCACUAAGGCGCGGGCCUCGUCAUCCGCGGCUUCGCUGCCCCCGGCAAUGGGGGAGCCCGGAGCCGCGCAGAGCCAGCCCCCGCGCCGCUCGGCUGCUGCCCGCCUCCACCGGUGUCUGUGACCCGCCCCGCCCGCGUCCCCGGGCCCUAGCCCUCCCUGGAGCCUCUGGGGAACGGGGAGCCUCCUCUGGUUUGCACCCCUUCCCCAGUUUUGGUGCCCCUCGGUGCGUCGGACUGGGAGCUGCAGGCCGCAUCUCUAGCUUGUGUGCUGGAGGUGGUGGGGUGGGCAGAGAAGGCAGGCUGGCUGGAGGAAGAGGAGUGGAAGAGAGGGAGACGUGGAGUUAGAGGGAGAGGAGAGGGGACGGGCCCGGCUCAGCACAGGGCUGCUGGGGGUCCCCUGGAUUAGUGACAGAGUGUGCCCUCCUGGGUCGUUCUGUGUCUGCCCUUAGGGGCCCUUGCCCACUAUGGGGUGUGGGUAGUGAAUCCCCAAAUUUCAGACUAAAGGAAAGACACUGGGUAAUGCUGGCCGUUCGCUUCUUUCCUCUCCCUGCCCUGCCCCCCUUAGCUCCUGAGUAAAAGAGUGGGCUGUGUAUGUGUGUUGGGUGGUGGUGUCCACGGGGGAGGAGGGCCUGUGUGCACGAGUGUGUGUAGUCACUGUCCAGAGGUGUUUCCAGUAGCUGCUUCUGCCACUCCUGUUCCUUCCUUCCCCUCAUCCUCCCAGAGCUCCCCACCAGACAAAGCGCAUGGGGAUCCUGUCCCCCUAUUUGUCAGGCAAGCCAGAGAAGGGGGUGGGGCCACUCUGCAGAGGCGGGACUGAGACCCCCACCAGGCUACUUUCCCCCUCACCCAUCCCUUUGCCAACCCCCAAGCCACACCCCUAUCGGGUCUCUAUGAGUCGAAAUUGACUCAUUGGCAAUGGGUUUGGUUUGUUUUUUUUUUUAAGCCGCCCCCCCAAGGGCUUUGACUAAGGGGAGUUGCCUGUUCCCCAGACAGUUUGGGGAGUAUGCAGGGUCCCCCCUGCUGGUACCUCCCUUGCCUCUCUUUUGUUCUUCCAGCUGUGCCCCCUGUGCUUCCACAACUCAGGCACACAGACCCCUACUCUCACCCCUUAGGAGGGGGGAGUCAGAAACACCACUGGUGGCCCUGUCUCUGUCCUGCUUCUCUUUCUCACACACACACACACACAUGCGCACGCGCGCGCACGUAUGGGGUCUGAGCUGGGCUGUUCCUUCAGGAUGGGCAGGACCCAGCCCCCUCCCCUCUCCACACAUUGUAAAUAGAUACAGAUGGCAGAGCACCUGGCCUCCCCCCACACCCCCUCACUCAUUCCAGGGAAGCCCAAGUGGGGCUGUGAACCCACAGCCACGUCUAUCAGUCCUCUUGUUUUCUGCAAAGAUUUGCUGUAAAGUAGACUCCUCCCUCCCCCCUCCUUUUACUGUAAAUAUUGUCUCUAAAUGUGUAACAUAUUAUAAAGAAUUUAUAAGGAUUUUUAAAGAUGUUUUGCUCAUUUUAAAAAGUGCUGUAACAGUGUUGGGUAAAGCCCCCCUGCCCCACAUCCGCAUGUCUCCUUCACUGUGUCCCUGACACACCUCUCUAGGCGACAACUAAGAUGUCCUGCUUCUGAAAAGUCCUGUCUUAAAAGUACAGUCUAUCUUGGAAAUAAAUGGCUUUCCUUGAGGUGUGAGUCAGCUGUCUCAAUUGUUUUGGAGGGAGGAGAGGGCCAGAGCAGGGCUGAGAUGGGAGAGCAAGGUACCCAGCCUAGAAGGGAGGGCAGCGGGGGCUGGGCCAGGCAGUAGCAGGUGGAGGACCAGGCUGUGGUGGGUGGGGGCAAAUCUCUUCCUCCUGGAAGCUUUAUAGGUGUCAUGGGAGACUGGUGUGAGCGAUGACACAGGCUCAGAAUGUAGGCUGGAAGAGUGGAUGACCUUCAUUCCUGGGGAAGGUGCUGGUUUCCAAGCCCCUGUUCUUGGUAUCCUUGCAGAGGUCAGACAGGUGCACAGGGACCUUCCUUCUCAGGCCUGGAUCCUGGAUUCCCUUCAGAAUGGUCCCAGAGGCCCCCAAACCUCCCUGAGGUGAGAUGCUGCCCAGCAGACAGGGGUUUGGGCAAGGCCCAUGCCCUGAGGGGGCCAUCCUGGCCAGCUGUCAUCAUAGGCAC